AGAAAUACACGUUUCCGCCUGUCCCCGAGAGUGGCUUGUUCACCACAAAUAUCUGAAGGCCUGGCGCAUGGAGGAAGACGCAAGACCCAGAGAGUCCAUUUGUCUCGCAUCCGUAGCCAGUGGUCUGGACAACAUGGGGGCUGAGCUCUCGGAAAGCCUGGAGGGAGGCCAGACCCCAGGAAACGACUUGAGCCCUGCAGAGGACAGGAACAGUUGGAGCAAAGCCAACCAGGAGCCCUUCUCAGGAUGGAGGAUCCUGCAGCCAGCCAUGGAAGUGAGACGCUUCUGCAGGGAGCACACACAACUCUUUCGGUGGAUCUUCAAAGGCCUGCUCUGUACCGCAUUUGCUGCCUUCCUGCUGAUUGCUUGCCUCCUGGAUUUCCAGAGGGCCCUGGCCCUGUUUGUCCUCACCUGUGUGGUCCUGGCCUUCCUGGCCUACAGCCUGUUGAAGAGGCUGCUGGGGCCAAAGCUGGUGAAGUGUGCCCUGCCGCUGAGGCAUUCCCGCCUGAAGCUCUGGUUUAAGAGGGGUCUAGCCCUCGCUGCUUUCCUGGGCCUGAUCCUGUGGCUAGCUCUGGACACUUCCCAGCGACCUGAACAGCUGGUGUCCUUUGCAGGAAUCUGCGUGUUUAUCAUCGUCCUCUUUGCCUGCUCAAAGCAUCAUCUCUCAGUAUCUUGGAAGGCCAUCUCCUGGGGUCUUGGGCUACAAUUUGUACUUGGACUCCUUGUCAUCAGAACAGAACCUGGAUUUGUUGCGUUCCAGUGGCUGGGCAACCAGAUUCAGAUCUUCCUGAGCUACACCGAGGCUGGCUCCAAGUUCGUGUUUGGGGAAGCUCUGGUCAAGGAUGUCUUUGCCUUUCAGGUUCUGCCCAUCAUUGUUUUCUUCAGCUGUGUCAUGUCAAUUCUCUACCACGUGGGCCUCAUGCAGUGGGUGAUCCUGAAGAUCGCCUGGCUAAUGCAGGUCACCAUGGGCACCACCGCCACUGAGACCCUGAGUGUGGCUGGAAACAUCUUCGUGAGCCAGACCGAGGCCCCUCUACUAAUCCAGCCCUACUUGGCAGACAUGACCCUCUCUGAAAUCCACGUUGUCAUGACCGGGGGCUAUGCCACCAUUGCUGGCUCCUUGCUGGGUGCCUACAUCUCCUUUGGGAUUGACGCGGCCUCCCUGAUUGCUGCCUCUGUGAUGGCUGCCCCCUGUGCUUUGGCCCUGUCCAAGCUGGUCUACCCGGAGGUGGAGGAGUCCAAGUUCAGGAGUGAGGAGGGAGUGAAACUGAGCUCCGGAGAUGCUCAGAAUCUCAUAGAAGCCGCCAGCAGCGGGGCCGCCAUAUCGGUGAAGGUUAUUGCCAACAUCGCAGCCAACCUGAUUGCCUUCCUGGCUGUGCUGGCCUUCAUCAACGCUGCCCUCUCCUGGCUGGGGGACAUGGUGGACAUCCAGGAGCUCAGCUUCCAGCUCAUCUGCUCCUACAUCCUGCGGCCUGUGGCUUUCUUGAUGGGCGUGGCCUGGGAGGACUGCCCGGUGGUGGCUGAGCUGCUGGGGAUCAAGCUGUUUCUGAAUGAGUUUGUGGCCUAUCAGGAGCUGUCCCAGUACAAGCAGCGCCGCCUCGCUGGGGCUGAGGAGUGGGUCGGCGGCAAGAAGCAGUGGAUCUCCGUCAGAGCAGAAGUCCUCACAACAUACGCCCUCUGUGGAUUUGCUAACCUCAGCUCCAUUGGGGUCAUGCUGGGAGGCCUGACCUCCAUGGCCCCCCACCGGAAGAGCGACUUCUCCCAGAUUGUGUUGCGGGCGCUCUUCACAGGGGCCUGUGUAUCCCUGGUGAAUGCCUGCGUUGCAGGGAUCCUCUAUGUGCCCAGAGGGGCUGAGGUCAACUGUACCACCCUCCUGAACACGACCCUCAGCAGCAGCAGCUUUGAGUUGUACCAGUGCUGCCGCGAGGCCUUCCAGAGCACCAGCCCAGUGUUCGGCCCAGAGGCCCUGGACAACUGCUGUCGAUUUUACAACCACACGAUGUGUGCAUAGUGGGACCGCAUGCCUUUGUGCCUCCUGGGGGCGGUUCUUCCCCAGAGGCAGCUGACCCCACCUUUCCCUGUCCGGGCCUGUCCUCAGGGAAGCCACAUGGGAGGAGCAGUGGGGGGACUGGGCAGAGGCUGAGAGGCUGUGUAUGUGGAUGAAGGACGCUCCCCACUCCUAACCCCCAUGCUGUGAAUGUGAAUUCUCAGGAUCACUUCUGCCUCCUCUUCUCUUCCCCCCAUAUCCGACGGCACCCUGGUCUUCUCUAGCCCCCUUCCCGCCAUGGGCCUCUCACAUACCCUUCCCUUUGCUAUGAUCCCUUACCCCUGGCAUCCUGGCCCCCUUCUUUCCCCUUCUCUGGGUGCUUGGGGCUUACUGAGGUUUACCCCUGCCCAUGGUUUCUCCUGGAGACCCCUCCCCUACUUUCAGAGACACCCCGUCGCUUUCUCUUUAGCACUUCCCAAACUGGUGUCCCGUGGAACACUGUCCCGCAAGGUGU